AUGCUAAAGAUGACGAUGUCUAUAAACGCGGUUCCACGUUUAAUAGGACGUAAUGUGGGCAUGAUACAGUACGCAAUUCUCGGGGGAAGCUAUAAUCUUGCUGAAUUUGAAGGCGCAUGUAAACAAAGUAGUAAAAUUUCAGGAAUUGGUAAUUGA